AUGGGGACCAGAGAUGCUGUGUUGGUCUACGAGCUCCAGGAGACCCAGAAAAAGAUCACCAUGACGACCAGCACAGCACCCCCUCCCCCCGAACCUGGAGUGGCCCCGCCUCCCGCUCCUCCCCCGCAGCCGCCUCCUCCCCCUCCUCCUCCCCCGCCGCCGCCUCCUCCCCCUCCCCCGUCCAGAUGCAAUCCCCUCAGUUCUCUGAUCGCCAUCAUGAGAAAGUCUUCCAAAGGCUCCAAAGCCUCUGUGAAGACGGAGGAGCCUCCAGCUUCUGAGGGCGUGGACGACGUGAAGGUCAAGGCGGUGAACGAGAUGAUGGAGAGGAUCAAACACGGAGUCGUCCUGCGGCCCGUCAAGAGCCAGGGCAGCAAGAAACAAAGCAACUCAAACUACGUCCCUGCUUCAUCUGCAAAUAAAACGGCAGUAAAACCGCCUCCACCGUGUGAGGAGAAACCACAGGAGAGCGCCAUGGAAGAACUGAAAGGCAUCCUGGAGACGGUGAAGAGGAGCCCGAGUCGCGGCUCUCAGGAGUCGGGCCCCACUCCGCCGGGGAAGAAGGACAGCGAGCUGGAGGUCAUCCUGAGACGCAGACGUAACAAGGCAGGAGAGGCCGGAUCUGGAGACGACGGCCAGAUGAGCCACGUCUCCUCCUGCGACAGCCUGAACGGGAGGAGGACCAGCAGCGACUCAAGCAAAGAUCCCGAGGGGCCGGGGGGGCUGAGCGUCUCCUCCGACCCAGCGGCGCCCAAGUUCAGCUCAGAGAGGCGGGGGUCUGGGCCGGGACCUAUCGUGGCCCGGAGGAAGAGCUCUGACACGGGCAAACAGAGCAGAGCGGGCUCCUGGCAGGAGAGGAGGUCCUGCAGCUCGCUGUCUGAGAGGGAGACGGCAGAAACUCAGCUCAGCAACGGCUGCAUCAACAGCGUUGUGAAGGAUGAUCAAAAUGUGACGGAGAAGUGCGUCCAGUCAAACGGAGUUGACCAUGAAGAACCUGGUGAGGACGCACACGCCACCGUCUGCGCCGGUCCGGUCAAUGGCAGCGGCGACGCUGAGUGCUAGGGUGGAAACCGAGGAUCCUGGGUGUUUGUUUCAUAUCUGUCAGAUUAUUUAUGGAUACGACAGAUGUCACUGAUAUUCACUCAGAUCAGAAGGUGUUCGGUGCGAUCUCAUCAAAACAAACCAUCGGUUCUGGUUCUAGUAUUUCCUGAAGAAUUUCUUGCUCCACUGACACGUUGAAGUCGAGUGAGUUAAACUGUUCAGAUUGUUCUCGGUGUCAAAGUCCGGCCACUGUAGAAACAUUCUCAGACACAAGACGUUCACUGUUCAGACAUAAGUAAACUUUCAUUGUUGUCAAAAAAUAUAAACGUGGAAUUCAUUAAUUUAAAAUAAGAAACAACGUUAACGAUAGCUCCUAUUUUAGCAUUUUUCAACCUAGACUGUAAAUAAAGAUGGACGACCCGUAUGCACCUCCUCACGCUGUACAAAUAUAAAACUACAAUAUCUCAGAUCCGGGUGCUGCCUGCUUGAUGACGUCAGUGACUGAGUUGAGGUUUCUACAGUGGGCUGAUGCUCUGAGUUUUGAUCGAUCUACUCCACAUCAGUUCUUUUUCUUAAAACAAACCUGUGGAUCCUCGAGGACGAAAUGACUGAACUUUACGAGGGAAGCUGCAGGUUUUUUUGCACAGAGCCUCAGUUUUCUUCAAACACUUCGACUGCAAAGCUUUAGGUUGAUGUUUUCCUUUUUUUUCUCUAUUCGAUGGUCAAAGGUCUUUUGACUUUUGUGUCAUCAGAAAGAAAUGCGCUGUACCGGACUGUUAAAAAUCCAACUUCACCUCCAGGGUUAAAAUAGUCCAGAAAUCACUGCAUGUGGGAGAAAAGCACUUCCAUGUUUUCUGCAGAGGAUUUCUCCUGUCCAGGUUUCAGCAGGUCGACUAUCAGUGUGUCGUUAGGUUUGAUGUGGAAAUCAGACAAAUGUGGAAGAGUAAUAAUUCAGGUUUUGAAAGAAAAGUUUCUCCAACAGCAGAAAAGACAGUAGGUGGGUUUCCAUCGUGGUUCAUGCAGAUUUUGUAUUUCCGUUCUAAAGAGGUGGUGUGGAAAUGACAGAAAUUCAAAAGAAAUCUUGGAAAGAAAGGAUUUUAUGCUCGACUGAGAUGGAGGCAGACGAAUGUGAAAACAUCAUAACGAACAUGAGUCAGGUGGUUAAAGUGUCCAAUGAGAGAAGAGAUGAAAAAUGGUCCCAGAAGAAAACUGAUCUGUGACAUUUCUCAAAUUAAUACAGAGAAAUGUCUUUUUUCAAAGUUGUUCCCUGUUUGUGGGUUCACUCAAGUAACUAUUGAUAAGUAAUCAUGAAUACUGGGAGCCCUCCGUCUUUUACUGUACAUCUUUUAACGUCACAGUUAUAUACACAGAUAUUAAGGCGUUACACAUUUCACACAUCUCUGCAACUAUCUGACUGUUUUCAUCAGAGAAGAAACGCAUCCAACAAGCAAGAUAAUAAUUACUGUUAAAUAUCCAUGAACCAAAAAGAUUCUCACUUGAGUUACGUGUGCCUUCUUUUCUUUUUCUGUGUCUUUGUGGACCGAGCAGCUGCAAGAUAAAGUUUUGGCCGCAUUCUCUUUCGUUACCUGUAGGAGACUAGUGUUGCUCCUUCUUCUGUAAUGGCUUCAAUGCAUCUGGCUGAACAAAAGGCGCUAUCUGCUGUUUACCUUAAUAACUUCUCUUAUUGGUGUGUAGCAUUCGUGGAUGGAAAUCUGCAAAUCUCAUUUUCUUUUAAAAUGUGAAUAAGUUUGUUCCGUAUUUGGAUGGAAACCCACCGAACAUCACAACUAAAUCACAGCCGACUGAAAAGCUCUCAGGGUCCAUGGGACAAAAUGUCACCAAACCCACAUCAGGGGCCUCGACAAGAAACAUCUGGGAGACACAAACAGAGCCAUUGUGUUUUUUAAACUCUUGGUGAAAUAAGAAAAUGUCCAGAGUCUUUGGAGGAGUCCGGUGUUUGUGCACUUUCUCUGCCUCUAAACCUUCAGGUCCUGAAUCACUGUGUGUUGUUAAAACCCAUGAGACACGUCAUCGUCCCUCCACCACAGAUAAGAUGUCUUCCACACACAUGCACGUAUACUCUGCGGCGCCCCCCCCCCCCCCCCCCCC